AUGAAACUCAGCAAUGUUGCAGCCGUGCUCUUGAUGUCUAUAACAUUCAGUCAAGCCUUUGGCGCAAUGAUUCAGGGUCUCAAGAGUGAAAAGCAAAUCAUACCAGUCGAAGUUGAUCUAGCUGACCAUACCGACAUUGCUGGAAUUGAGCCGGAUCCUGUAUGUCAUUGUCAUGGUUCUUGCACAUGUGAUGUGGCUAGGAAACUCGGAGGCUCCAGAUGA